AUCUCUUUGAUGAAGCUUGUCAGCUGGAAUUCCUAAUUACCUGGAUUUUUUUUUUUUUUUUUUUUUGCCACCGCUCCCUUUCCUGAUGCCCCAGGCCCUUUGGGAGGUGUAUAAAAGGCCCAAAGGUUCCACAGAGCUCCAUUCACCUUCCACUGCUUGACUCGCCUUGUCAACUUGCUCUGCCAGCCGAGCCAAAGGAUGUCCUGCUCCAGCCUGUGCGUCCCCAGCUGCGGGGUGGCCACCCCGGCCCCUCUGGCUGACAGCUGCAACGAGCCCUGCGUGCGGCAGUGCCCCGACUCCACGGUGGUCAUCCAGCCCCCGGCCUCGGUGGUCACCUUCCCCGGGCCCAUCCUCAGCUCCUUCCCGCAGCAGAGCGCCGUGGGCUCGGCCGGAGCUCCCUACGUGGGAGCCGGCUCCGGGGGCGCCUUUGGGAGCCGUGCCAGCUCCCUUGGGGGCUACGGAGGUUACGGAGGCUGGAGCUUUGGAGGCCGUGGUGGCUACGGAGGCUGGGGCUAUGGAGGCCGUGGGCUCUACGGGGGUUGGGGCUGUGGAGGCUAUGGGGGCUAUGGGGGCUAUGGGGGCUACGGCAGCUGUGGCUACGGCGGCUGGAGCAGUGGCCACCGCUACCUCAAUGGCAACUGCUGGCCCUGCUAAGCGCCGGCCCGAGUGCGGCCUCCCACCCAGAAGAGCUCCAGGAGAAACCCCGGCACAUCCCGACCCGACGCUCUGCGGACCAAAACCCCUUGGGCACGGCCGGGCUCCGCACCUCGGGAGCCUCGUGCCACCUUGGGAACCAGCUCUGCCUCGUCCCUGCCCUUGCUGAGCAUCCCCACGGGGCUCCUGCUGCCCCGCUCCUAGAGACUCGCCCGGGGCUGCUGCUCCUGCUCGCCCGGCUGUGCCCAGGGCCAGCCCACGGCAAGCCCGUGGCCACGGCCCUGCUCUCGUGCCCAGCCCCUCCUGCCCUCCCCCUGCAAUAAAAGCUCUCUUGCAUUGCAA